GCUCCUUCCAACCUGCCUGGUUGCCUUCAAACUUGGCAGUAUUUUCUGUUAAUUUCUAAGCAAGAUGACGUUCUUUCAUUUUGGGAACUGCGUAGCGUUGUCUUAUGUGCCUUACGUUAUUGUGUACAGAUGCUCAGGAUUGGCUGAGUACAGUGCCUUUUGGAAAUGUGCCCAGGCUGCGGCUGCCUACCUGUUCACACAGCUGUGCAAGAUGUUGGUGUUGGCUACCUUCUUCCCUGCCUCUGAUGUACCGACGGGAAGUCUCGAUGUUGUUGGGGAAUUCAUGAAAUCUACAGUAGAUCUCACGGAUUUGGUCGGACUCUAUUUUGUCAUGACAAAGAUUGCUGGCAAAGGUCAGCUUAAGUUCAUGGCUGCCAGUAUGGGAUGGGCCACAGCUGAACUCAUUAUGACAAAGUUUUUACCUUUGUGGGUUGGAGCCCGUGGAAUAGAGUUUGAUUGGAAAUACAUCCUAAUGAGUUUUGAUUCCAAUGUCAGUCUGGUACACCAUAUAUGCACGGCCAUGUUAGUCUGGCUAUACAGCCGGAGUGACCUGCAGAAGUCUCUGGUACCAGUUGUCCUGUCCUUAUUAGCGCUUACAUCUUUCAGGCCACUCAUAGUAGAGAUUCUAAUCCAUGCUGUGGGCCUGGGCUCCUGGACGUUGUUGCUGGCCAAGGCCUUAUUCACGCUGUGUACAGGACUGAUAGCAUUACAGAUCUAUCUGGGUAUGUCUGUGCAGACCGCAAACUCCUACUACUGACCCGGACAGGUCAUGCACAGGUUAUCUGUCAGUGUGAGAACAGAGUUGUCUGAUCUUGACCACCAGCUAGAUGACUGUUUUGUACAGAGUGGUUAGUUCUUGUCUACUCUCUCCCCUCUUGCCCGUUCCUUGACCGGGGACCAGUCAACAGUCAGUAGGGGUCAGUGGAGCUUUGCUGAAAAGAGUUUUGAGAUCAGGAAGCAGUGGAGCUCUGCCUCUGACAUUACUGUUUUAAAAUGGAGCAAACGAUAUGUUAUGUCAAGUCCAUUUGGUGUGUUACAAGAUAAAACAGUUAGGAGAAAUUUCCUGUCGUUUCCUGUGUAUUUGUACAAACAUUUCCAGUAUAUAUUAAUGGCAGUGACCCAGUCUUGUUGCCAUUGUUCAGUUAACCAGAAUGAUACCAUAAAACUGGCACAAAAAACUUACUUAAUAAGAGACUCAAAAAUACUGCAUGUUUUUCUUUUAUGUUGAAUUACGAACUUCUGCAGUUUAACGAAUGAAGUGUCCACCAUUCUGGAUUUCUAGUGAUGGCUCUAACCUGUUUAUCAGCUACACGUACUCAAUACCUACAGGAUUGUAUUUCACAACAUGAGUAUUUGAAUAGCCCUUGUGUAUGAAUGUUUAAAGAGCUACUUUAGUGUUAAGACAUGUAUGUCCUAAAGGCAGGGUUAAAGGAUAAGGAUUGAGAUAGUUGGAAUUGCUUUCUUAAAUUGUAGAAAAUGUUGAUUGUAUUAAUUAAAAGCCCUUGUUGUUAGUUCGGGAGGAUAACACGGAAACAAAAGUUUUCUGCCGUUUGCAAUUUUGCUUGGUGUGACGUCAUGCAAGAACAUUUGACGUCACCCAUCACUGACUUAUAGCAGUAUAGAUAUAUUAUAGGUUUUGUUUUUCAGGACUCUUCACUUAUAGGGGUUAAAUGGCUUUAUUCAGCAUAAAUUUGUUGAACCGUGGUGCUAGCUAUAUUCCAUAGAGUAACUUUCAUAUCAGUUUAACAUUUCCACCUGGCGUCUCUUAACACUGAAGCAGCACUUUAAAUCUGAACGUUGUCAUAUUAUAUGUCAUUAUAAAGAUGAAGAAUGAUGCUGACUUAGUGUUCGUGAUGUUUUGUGUUUCUACGUUUUGUAAAGCCAUAGGUUACUCUCUGACUGUCAGUGUACUCAAGGAAAAGACAACAUAAACUAGUCAUCAAAGAACAUCCCUUAAAGUUUUAUUUUCUUUUUAGGAGAAAAUGACAAUUUUGUGUUGAACAGGAUAAGAGAGAUUAAUAUAUUAGAAUUCAAAAGUGGACUAUAUAGGCCUAGUGUUGAAGGUUUUCAUUUAUCUGUUCGCUCAAACCCAAGUAUUUUGGGUGAUAAUAGUCUAUACCUUUGGAGAACGUGUGGUCGUUCAUAUUACAUUAUGCAUUCGACGAAAAUUUGCUAAAUAAACCAAAUACUAAAUGAA